GUAAAAAAAAAAAACACAACUUCCUGUGUGUGUUGUUUCGCAUCUGGUGGGACUGGUCUUAGUUUCUACUGAUAACUGGUAAACAGGUUGUUAUCUAAAUUAAACUGGUUGUUUUCAGCCAGUUUCAAUAAUGUAGUUAGACUUUUUCUCUGGACGAACCGUGCACCGUGCUACAACUCUGCUGCUCACCGCCUUACCCCAUUGACCAUGUGCUGUGGAUUACAAACCUAACGGAUAACAUACCUAUAUAUAUGGAUAUUUUUUGUUUUUUUUAUGUGCAUUUUUUUCUGUUUUCUUUUUUUUCUAAGAAGAGAUAACAUAUUAUUAAUUCAGCCCUUGGAAGGACUUUAACUGAACGCUGUGCAGAUCGGAUUGCUUUACUGUUUUGUGUGGAUUGUUUUGUGGUUGUGGGAUUUGGACUUUCGCUUUUGUGCUACAUUUACAUUUUCUUCUCCUAACUUCAAUCUGCUGUUUCAGUUAUGAAAUCCAAGAGAGAUCCUCUGGUGUGCAGAUUUUGCCUCAAACUCCAGGAUAGAUUAACAACUCACCUGCAGAGAGUGUGCAUGAAAAGAUGUACUAAGGAGCAAAUUGAGAACGAAGUCGAUAAAGCCAGAGCGAGCAUAACCAAACAUCUUUGGGAAGGCAGGGUGUAUGAGUUUAGCGAGCUGAGAGACAUAAUUACCAAAGAUGAAGAGCUUGCAAACCUCAUUCAGCUGCUGGAAAGUCGUGGCUGUUUUGUGAGGAACAAGCCAUCAGCAACGAUGGCUGGACAAACAGUGCCUCAGCAGGCUGUAGUACUUCCAACUGCUUCCACACAAGAAGACAUGGAAGAGGACAUGGAUACUGUCGAGCCCCAGGACCCCCUCUUCUCACCGGAAACAGGAAUACGCUGGGAGGGGAAACUGAGAAAGACGAUGAAGGAGCACGGCCUGUAUGAGAAGCACAACACAGAUUCGGACUUGCUAUCCGGAUUCAAGAAAUACCUGCGAGAUGACCACGGCAUUCCAAACUGCAAACAGGAGGUUGACAAUGUGGCAAGGUUUCUCUAUUUUAUGGACCCCCAAGAACCUGGGCUGCAGUUUGUCAGAGACAUGGAGAAAACAAGGUCUUUCUUCACCAAACUUUCCCAUAUUGGUUUGAAGAAACAAACAGUCGCCAACUACUUGAAAAACCUAAAAAGAUUCCUGCGAUACAUCAUUUACAACACCACCCUGCGCUCCACAGACACGCUUCUCCAUCGCGAUUGCAGGGCCUACCGGAGCGACUUGGGGGAUUUCCAGAAAUCAAUCGGCAAACAGAUGUCUAAGGAAAUCACUGGAAAACGCUAUACACAGAUGGCCAAAUCAAGCCAAACACCACAAGACUGCCUUAGAAUUCUUCAUGUGGCAAAGAAGGAUUUUUUGGAAGCCAUUGCCAAAGGCACAUUAAAUGAGGAACUGGACACCAGUCAGUCACUGCUCAUCUUGUACUACCUGCAGUCUCUGUUGAUGCUGAAGCAUCUUCAGAGGGCCGGUGUUGUGAAAAAUAUGAAAGUGUCCGAGUGGGUGAAGAGAGAAGAGUGUGUUUUGACGACAGGCGGAGACAGGUCACGCUUUUUUGUCAUUGCUGCGAAGGUGCAUAAGACGGCAACGCAGCAAGUGGCAACAUUUUCAUUAAAUGAAGAAGAGCAGCAUUGGUUCCAUAUAUACUUUACACAAAUCCGUACACGUUUCCUGAAUUCCCUUUUAAUGGCUGAAGAUGACCCCGCCAACGACAAAUUCUUCAUUUCAACAAGUGGCAACCCUAUAUACAAUCCGUCCAACGAUAUGAUGCGGCUCCAUAAAAAAUACAACGUUCCAAAUGUAACAGGUCAAGUCGCACGGCACACUUUUGAAACAGCUCCAAAAUGUGGCUUCACCAAUGAAGAAAAAUCUAUCAUCGCAGAUUACUUAGCCCACACAACGGCAACAUCAGAAAAGCACAACCGAUAUGGGCAGCCUGAGAAUAUCUGCAGAGCUGCCACCCUGCUGAGCAAGCUUGCCAGAGUCGGCGACUCGUCUCGCUCUGAUGCAGAAAGCGCACUGUCUUCCACCCACACAAGGAGUGUUGCAACAUCAGGCACGUGUCCAGAGAUGAGUGAACUGGACACCUUGAAUCUCUUCAUCCAGCAACACCCAGUAUCACUGGAGGGAGAAACUCCAAAGGGCAAAAUAAGGAAAGUGAUCACCGGAGUGCAUGACAGACAGUGUUGCGACAAGUGGAGAGAGAUGCAGGAGAAGAUGAGGAUCGACUAUGUUCUUGCUUACUUCCCCAGACGACAACCAUCAAGCCAUCAGAUCGUAAAGUACAUCGAGAAGCAGGGAUGGCAAAACAACAAACCGUCUGUGGAGAAGAUUACUGAGCUUUGGCAGCCCCAGGAAGCACAAGAAAGCAUUAAAGACAAUAAGCACAUCAAGAAGCUGGUGAAAUCACAGAAAUGGAAGGGACUGCUGGUAACCGAUGAUGGAGACAAGGGCCGUAGAGUAGUCACAACCAGGAAAUUCCGGAAAGGAGAAGUUGUCUGUGAUUACCAUGGGACCAUCGUAACAGCGGCGGAAGGAAAAGAAAUGAUGAAGACAUUGUCUAAAGAGGAAAUGGGCUGCUUCUUUUUCUUCAAAAACUCACAGGGCAAGAAACUGUGCAUGCAUGCACAAACUUUUCCUUGUCAUUGUCACCCUGAUAGGGACACGUUUGGCAGGCAAACAAACCACUCCAGAAAGAGGAAAAACCUUCAUCCAGAAGUACACAAAAUGGAUCUGGGAGGAAAAAAAGAGUAUGUCAUCCUCUUUACAGCCUUGAAAGACCUUGACGUGAACGCUGAGCUUUUGUUAGAUUAUGGAAUCGGUAGGAAGUCUUUCCUGGGAGAAGGAAGAGACUUAGUGGGGUUAGAAGGUUGAUGAAUAUAAAUAAUGUAAUUUGUUUUUAAUAAUUAACAUUUAUACACAUUUUAAGGGGAGAUUUUGAGUGGUUAAAUGACUGAUGUACUAAAUGGCUGUACUUGCUGUAAAUGUGUAGAAAAAUACUGUUUUUGUUUUAUUACCUUCCCUAAUGGAAGUUUUGUUUUAAUGGAGCCAAUAUUUUCAAAUUAUACAGUACAAUAUAUUUUGCAUGAAAUCUUGAAGUAACCCCAAUCAGCAAGAAGGGACAAAGCUUGAAUUCAAAACAUUUUUUAAUACUGGAUUUUUUUGGCAUUUUUAAAGAUUAUAAUUCUGUAUGCUGAGUUCACUGCUAAGAAUCUAAAACACUAUUCUAAAAAAUCCCAGUGACCUGAACUCGGCAUGGAGAAUUAUAAUCUUUUAAAAGGUAAGGUCAGGUUGACCACUAGAUGUCAUGAGUUCCCGCAUGCAUGCACAGAGACCACGCAAAGUAUUUUUUAGUUAGUGCUCCAACUGAGAGCUAGGUUUAUUUUGUUUGUUUGUUUGUUUGUUUGUUUGUUUGUUUUAUUAGCAGUUGUGAUCUCCCACCGCAAUGUAAGAGAAAUAAAACCAACACCGGUUUUAAACUGUAAA